AUGGUCCAUGGCCUUAGGCAGCAUGUCCUACCCCCGCUCGAUAACUGUAAUGUGAACAUUACACUGACUCACCCGGGAGAGAAUGACACCGUCCUAGUUGAAGUCUGGUUGCCGCUCGACGCUAAAGAUUGGAAUGGCCGCUUUCUAGCGACAGGAGGAGUGGCCUUUCCGCAGGCAAUCAAGGCGAAUGAGGUGGCCGAAGGCUUGCUAUUGAACUUCGCAUCUCGCUCUAUGCACGACAUGGUGGUGGUUGGCAAAGCAAUGACUGAGCAAUACUUUGCGAAGAAACCAACUUAUUCUACUGGCAUGGAUGAAUGUGAUCUUCUGGAUGGGCUUGAGGACGGAGUUAUUGACGAACCCAUGAGCUGUACAUUUGACUCACUGUCUUUGGUUGGAAAGACAGUCUCCUGCGAUAAUGGUGCGAAUAAAACUAUUACUAGUACUGCUGCCAAGGUAGUCAAGAAAAUCUACGAAGGUCCUCGCCCGGAUGGCGCAACAAUUGGUAUUCCAAUGCCCAUCGGUGCAUCCCGGAUCCAGAACUUCCUCAAGAAAGACCCGAAAUUCGACCUAGUUUUUCAGCAGUCAGUCGCCAAAUAUGAGACGAUAAUCGGGACUGGAAAUGCAGACUUAUAUGCCUUCCGCGCCGCGGGAGGCAAAAUGCUCUCUUGGCACGGCUUAGCAGAUGACGUCAUUUUCGCUCAGGGAACCAUCGAUUAUCGCCAAAAGGUCGAGCACGCCAUGGGAGGUUCAGCCGCAGUCAACGAUUUCUAUCGGCUAUUUUUGGUUCCCGGGGGAGCUCACUGUGUCCCUGGAACCGGUGUUGCCUCGGUUUCCUCGGAUGCAUUCCAGGCAUUAACCUUAGAUGCGAGAUGGACCACGAAUGGUGUUGAAAGACGUCGAAAACUCUGUCCCUAUCCUCUUAUUGCUCGCUAUAACGGGGUUGGAGAUCCAGCGUCUGCCGACAGCUUCAGUUGUGUGGAUUCAUCCUACAAAUCAGAAGAACGAAGCUCAUCUGCUAUUCUUGGUGAAGAGGCCUAGUUGGUCUUGAAUGUGAUCCAUGCUAUGCCGCGGGCGGUCUAUUGCUAUUCAAAAAG